AUGAACAAUCCUGAUAUGCCUAUUAUAGAAUUUAUUAAUCGAUGGUUAAAAUUAGCAAAUUUAACAAAUUUAGAAAGGUUAUCAAAUAUAAAUAAUGCAUUCAUUGAGAUAUUUGAAGAAUUUUCGUUAAAACAUAUUGUAGCAUUAUACGAAUUAAUUGAAGAGCAAGUUGCUAAUUCAAUAAUUGAUAAAAUUGAAGUCGCUGCUAAUUCAAAAAUUGAUAAGAUUGAAGCUGAUCAUUCAAUAAUUGAUAAUGCUGAAAUU